AUGUCGUCCGCCAACAAAGAAUACCAGCACUUCAUCCCCCAAUUCCUCCUCAGGAACUACUCACAUCCAUUUGUUUGUCCACAAGCCAAAGGUUCUUCCAAGAAAUGCAAGAAACACAAGCACGAGAAGGGCAAGUACCCAGGCGAUCCCGUCGUCAGCAACCUUUGCCUCACGGCCGAGCCCUACACACUGAAGGAGACGCCAGUGGCCCGCGUGUUUGGGCAGCUGGACAUGUACGAAUACAUGACAACUUCGCCAGACAAGAAGCAUCGCCGCAUUGAGGAGAUGCUUGGAAAGAUGGAGUUUGAGGCUAGCAAGAUCUUUCGCAGGAUCACUACGGCCUAUGGAAAGGGGCAGCCAGAUGUAUGGCUGUCGCGGACCGAGCGAAAUCUCCUGCGCAAGUUCUUCUUCUUGCUCAAGUAUCGCGGCUCAGACUUUCACCGACGCUUCUAUCACAGUGAUCUAGAGAACUACGAUAGACCCGACAAGAAGCUACUUCAGGACUACAUGGAAAUGCGUGGAUUCAAGACACCACUCGAUGUCUGGUUCCAUAACCUCGAGACCAUCAUGGAGCUUGAUCUGGGCACGGACUCGACAUGGGAGACGACUAUCUGGAGCCGAAUGUUUUAUGCCGAUGCGGGUUGGCUCAUCUCGCAUAUCGACUCCUUCUAUAUGGCCAUAUGCACUCCGGCCAACCCGGAUGAGGAGUUUAUCCUCUCUGACAACUGUUACAACAUUUUUGAGGGCCCCAACAUGUUCAUGGAGGAUGUGGAUACCGGGGAACGGGCGUGCUCAGGACAUGCCAGCUUCCACGAGUUUGCGCCUCUCUCUCCGCGUCUGAUCAUUGUCCUUCGCUCCAUCUGCCUGCCAGUGCCGGAGGAGGACAAGAAUCCGGUUGUGCGGGAAUGGCGCAAGCUUAUGCGAAAGGAGAUCUAUGACAUCUUGUGUGGUCCUGGGACAGAAUCCAUGCUGCAAGAUCUGCCCGUUACAAAGGCUAGGAAUAGCAACAUCGACGUUAUCAACGGGGAGUGUGUGCCCAAGCCCGGUUGGAGUGGACAAUAUUGCAAGGACGAUAGAUUCUUCUUCAAGUUCUUCCCGCUCGAGACACGGCAUGUUCAGAUGAUCAAUGGUGUUCUACUGGACAACUGCUACUCCUGCUCUAGAAUUGCUUUCGGAUCGCAAGACGCAUUUUUAAAGACACUGGGCUGGUGGCUGGCUGACGAUUGCACCGCCGGCAAGAUUUUUCAGGGAGAGAUCGAUCAGGAUCGCCUCAAGUACCUCAGCAACCUAGAGGCUUUCAUGAAGACGAUGGGAUGGGACAAGAGGCUUGUGUACAUGCAGCUGCCGGCUACACCGGUACGUGGUAUGAAGAGUCUCCAGGAUCGGAAUAUCGAGUCUAGACGAGCCUUGUACGGUAUGAUACUCGGCCCAGAAGCUUACCAGGCUCCGUUUCCAAAAGUCAUGAAGCCAUACGAAAAAUUAGGUGGGACCUGGAGGACUGUGUUCUACGACACAACCCAGUCCGAGCUCAUGCUCAAGUUGCGCAUCAAGAUUGACGUUUGGAGCCAGGGAGUUGAUGAGACCAUCCGACAUCGGAAUCGUCUGCUGCUUACGGAAGAGUACAUGAACCUGCCGUGUCACAGGUUCUGGAUGUAUUUGAAGUAUUGCCGGUUCCUUUUCCUGACCGGUGGAGGUCCCGUAGACAGGGACAUAGAGGAAGUUUUCCAGGACGGCUUGGAGGAUAGAUUCACGGAAUGUGAGUUCUUUGCUUGGUGGCCUAGAGGCGGUGACUGA